UGCGAAAGAUCCAAUAAGUUUCGUUGACACGUCGACAAUGACAGCGGCACAGCGGCAUCCCUGUGUCUCCAUACUGUAGCGCCCCUGAGUUGAGAGCUGCUAGCUAGUACAUCACUUCCAAUAAAAGCAAGACAAUGGCACCAUCUAGUAGCAGUACCGCCCUCGCUCAGACGAAGGCUCCUUCGACCAAGAACGGAUCUCUCCAAGUGCGUCCCCUUCAAUUGGUCCCUACCAACCCGAACAAAGACGAACCUACCAGGAUUCCCACCUGCUCUGGCAACAAGGUGACCCUGUGGUCCGUCGGUCAGACUCUGCGAGUGAGUCUACGGCAAUCAUCCGCGCCAUCCACCAUUGGAGCUCCCUUGUCGCAUCUGUAUCACGCUCAGUUGGGAGUCCAAAUCGAAUGCGACGACAAGACGGUCUAUCGAGGCAGCUAUGAUAUUGACGAACUACCCAUUCAUCAAACGGCCGUGAUCAGCAUUCCACUAGCCAUUCAUCAACGAGCACUCGUUGUCAGUAACAAUAGCCAGCGAUCUCAAGGAACCACAACCAGCAGUAAUACGUCUACUAUGGCCCACACAUCCAGUCUGUCGUUACAAGUCGAGUGUACCCUACGAGGUCCUCCUCGUACGGAAAUCGUCAAGGCACAUCAAGCCUUGAGCGCCUGGUUGACUGUCGUCGAUAAAGUGGAAGAUCUGGUUCGAGAAGUUUGGAGCAAAUUGGAACCUCAAAUUCCCAAUGCGGCCAAAAAGAAACAAGCCUUGUUGCUCUUGAUUCCCGCCAUUGGAGGCAUUAUGAUCCCCUUGACUACGGCCUGUAUUGUCAUUUCUCCCGCCGUCAUUGGAUUUUGCAUUCUCUUUUUUCCAAUCAUGAUUCCCGUCGUUGUCGGAACCGUCUUGUUUGUCCUCGCCACCGUCCUCGGCAGUGGUCUCCUCAUGACCCUGCUCUACAACAGCACCCGUCACGGUCGUACCCAACUGUGUGCCUGGUGGAAUCAACAAUCGACACUCCAACAGUACUGGCAAAUAGCCAAGGGACCGCGGUUUGGCGUCCAAACCUUUUAUUAUGCCACGGGACCACGACCUACACCGGUGACACUGGUCCGCACGCAAUUGCCCAAAACACGGUGGCGUCGACUCGGGGUCAGUUUGACCAUUGACGGAGUCGGAUCGUUUAGUUAUCUCUUGCCGUUUCUAGGAGAAGCCUUUGAUGUCGUAUGGGCACCCGCCCAGACCGUACUCAUCAUGGCGCUUUAUCAGCAUGUUUCGCCCAAUAUGAGUUAUGUCAGUUUUGCCGAAGAAAUGUUACCCUUUCUCGAUGUCCUACCGAGUGCCACCAGUGGAUGGUUGAUGGAGUUUGGACCCGAGCUGUGGGAGGAAGCCAAGGAAUUGUUGGAGAACCCCAAGGAGAGUCUGGAGAGUUUGCAACUGGUAUUGUGGGGGAAUCAAAACAGCAAUACUCAAUCGAGGCGUCCAUCUCAUCCCAGUGCGAAUCGACGUCCGGUGCCACGUCCGUCACGUCAUUGAUAGAUGUAGUGAUGAUGCACAAAGUAUAUAGACGCGUUGGAACGAGACAGACCAAGAGGCACUGCCAAGAAGGGCAAGGCAAGAAGACUCCAUUGGCUAGCUAUAUAUUGAGCUAGCCAGCUCGUAGAUCCAAACUUUUAAAAGUCGACAAUAGAUACAUAUCUUUAUGAUUGAAUUCGCAUCCUCCCUCGGUACCUUGUCGAAUCAAUCUGGAAACCAAACCUUGGUAGG